CAGUCCGGGGCGGCCGAGCUGCUGCAGCUGAUCCCAGGGAGGGACCCGGCCUGGACUGGGAGCGUUACCAAGGCAACCAGGCCGCAGGACCAGCAUCCUCUCUGCUCCCAGGGGAACCAGAACUGGACCAGGUUUCUGUGAAAUGGCGUCUGAUAUUAAUGAUGUUGGGGUUUGGAGGCAAACGAGAAUCCUUCUGUACAAGAAUUAUCUUGUGAAAUGCCGCACGAAGAAGGAUAGUAUUCAGGAAAUCCUUUACCCCAUCAUUUGGUGGUUGAUAUCGCUGCUCUGGGUUAGUUUGCUAAAUCCCAGCAAACACUAUGAGGCAACAACAAGCAGGCUGCUCGGGGAGCUGGAUCUACCCACAUACCCGGAUCUUAUUAUCGGUUACACGCCGGUUAAUAAUGUCACACAACACGUCAUGGAGCUGGCUGCCUCCGAGUGCUUGAGGACAGAUGUAACCAUCAGCCCGUAUCCUAACGAGGAGAAACUUAAAACAGCCAGUGCCUUUUUAGAAAGUCGAUUUGUUGGUGUCGUAUUUAAAGACUCCAUGUCCUACAAACUGAAGUUUUUUCCAGCAACCAUCCCAGUGUCUGCAUUUUAUAUAGAACCAAGAGAGCUGUGCUAUUCCUGGAAGUGUGAAGCAUCUUUGUAUUUCUCUUCAACAUUCACAACUUUGCAGGCAUGCAUAAACUCUGCAAUAAUCAAGCUAAAAACCAAUUAUUCUGCCUGGGACGAGUUGAGGAGGACCCAGGUGGUUGUUAUGGGCGAGCAGUCUGUGGUGGAAGUUGACCUCUUCUACCGUGUCCUGAUGUUCAUCUUCCUCGUUAUGGCCUUUUCACCUUUUGGAUGCUCCCUGGCUGUGCACAUCGUAGCAGAAAAAGAAAAAAAGCUGAAGGAGUUUUUGAAGAUUAUGGGCCUUCAUGACACGGCUUUCUGGCUGCCCUGGGUUCUCCUUUAUACAGCUCUGAACCUGCUAAUAUCUCUGCUGAUGGCAGUUAUUACCACCGUCUUUUUCCCGUUUAAAAGAAGUAAUAGUUUUCUCAUCUUUCUACUGUACGCUCUGUACGGCAUCUCACUGAUUUUAUUUUCCUUGAUGUUGACGCCACUUUUCAAGAAAGCGAAGCAGGCCGGGGCGGUUGGAUUCCUGGCGACGCUGGUUCUCGGUUCUGUGGGCAUUUUCAUUGUGCUGAAAGAGGACUUUCCCAAGUCGUUUGUGUGGUUCUUCAGUCCAUUCUGUCACUGCACGUUCAUGAUUGGAGUGGCCCAGAUUAUGCAUUUGGAAGGCUAUGACAGAGGAGCCCAGAUGUCAUACCUGAAGGAUGGGCCAUACCCGCUUAUCAUCACCUUUAUAUUCCUUGUGGUGGACAGCGUCAUGUACCUUCUCCUAGCCUCGUAUCUCGAUCAGAUCCUCCCAGGGGAAUAUGGACUAAAACGGCCGCCAUUUUUCUUUCUGAAACCAUCCUACUGGUCAAAGAGACAGAGAAACUACGGCGAGUUAAGCGAAAGCCAUUGUAACAGUAAUCUGGCCCUAAGUGAGAUGGUGGAACCCGUACCAUCAGAACUGCAAGGAAAAGAAGCAAUCAGGAUAAAGUGUAUCCACAAGUCUUUCAAGAAGAAUAACAAGCAGGUAGAAGCCCUUCAAGGGCUGACCUUCAGCAUGUACGAAGGUGAAAUAACGGCUGUGCUUGGACACAGUGGCACUGGGAAAUCGACACUAAUGAAUAUUUUAUGUGGGCUUUGUCCUCCAACGGAAGGGUUUGCUACUCUUUAUGGACACAGGAUAACGGACAUCGAUGAGAUACUGGAGGCGAGGAAAGUCACCGGAAUAUGCCAGCAGCACGAUGUCCAUUUUGACGUUCUCACUGUGGAAGAGAAUCUCUCCAUCUUUGCUUCAUUAAGAGGUCUACCUGAGAAGACAAGAGAGCAAGAGAUAAAUAAGAUCCUUAAUGAGUUGGAUAUGCAGGUAUUAAAACACAACCAAGUCCGGACGCUCAGUAUUGGCCAGAAGAGGAAGUUGUCCGUGGCCAUUGCAAUACUUGGGAAUCCUAAGGUGCUGCUUCUGGAUGAGCCCACAGCUGGCAUGGACUCCUGCUCACGGUUUACUGUCUGGAACAUGCUAAAGUCCAGAAGGGAAAAUCAUGUGAUUGUCUUCAGCACUCACUGCAUGGAUGAAGCGGACAUCCUGGCAGAUCGUAAAGCUGUCAUUUCACAGGGGAUGCUGACAUGCAUUGGGACUUCCUUAUUCCUUAAGAGCAAAUGGGGAGUUGGCUAUCGAUUAAGCCUGGACAUCAAUGCAUCCUGUAACGUAGACUCUAUGACGGAGAUGAUCACACGUCACAUAUCGGGGGCAAGUGUAAUGCAGCAGACAGAGACCUCCCUAAUCUAUAACCUGCCAUUCAGAGACACCGAUAAAUUUGCAGGGUUGUUUUCUACUCUAGAGAGUGAUUCCACUGUGGGUGUAAUUACCUAUGGCUUGUCCAUUACUAGCCUGGAAGACGUCUUCUUCAAACUAGAAACGGAAACUGAACUCGAUCAGACAGAUCAUAUUUUCGGCCAGCAGAAGGUGGAAGAGGACGUGAAGUGGAGGUCUAUGGAGGAGAUUGAGCAAGGCUUGUUGACCCUACCGCAUUCAGAGUCUUGUAUGUUGAGCGGCCGGGCGCUGUGGAAGCAGCAGGUUGCUACAGUAGCCAAAUUACACAUCCGCAAUUUGUAUCGAGACAGUAAAUCUUUCCGAUGUGUAUCGUUGUUCCUAUUGGUUUUCCUCGCAGUUCAGAUUUCGAUGUGCAUUGUACACCGCUAUUACCGCAGAUCUUUGGCUCCUACGAAGCUUUCCCCAGAUCUUUACUUUCUACAACCUGGACAAAAGACCCACAGAUACCUUACAAGUCUUUUACUUGAGAACUCCACAGGUACAAAUAUUGAUGACCUCAUUGCCAUUCUCAACAACCAGAUGAUAAAAGUGGAGGUAAUUAACGAGGGUGAAAAUGUAUCUUUAUCUCCGCACAAUGGUGGCCUGAAUGUGCUGCGCUCAGGAGAGUAUUACAGCUAUGGGGUUGUGUUCAAUAAAACCAUGGUCCAUUCCCUUCCGGUCCUCAUCAAUGCAAUCAGUAACUCUCUGCUCCGUCAGCUGCGUGUCAACCAAAGCAUCCAGACCUGGAGCAGUCCGUUCUACCAGGAUUUCUCAGAUAACUCCAUCAGGCUCGACCUCUAUUUUCUGGUUGCUUUCCUAGGGAUAAUGGCAGUGGGAAUGCUACCGUAUUUUGCCAUGGAAAACACCUACAAUCAUAAGGUGAAUGCUUACACCCAGCUGAAGAUGUCCGGUCUCUACCAGUCGGCCUAUUGGGUAGGACAGGCUGCAGUAGAUAUGCCUUUGUAUUUUCUCAUCCUCUUCCUAAUGAUUGGAAGUUUACUAGUUCUUAAUACCGGGAUCUAUCUCUAUGCUGGAACGGUUAUCACCUUGAUUUUCUGCCUUUUGGGCUACGUUCCUGCUGUGAUCGUGUUGACCUAUGUGGUUUCAUUCACCUACAAACAGAUUCAUGACACACGGCAGUGCUGGUCUAUAAUCUUCGCCCUGACAGCGUCCGUUUCCAUCACGAUCACCGAAGCCGCAUUCCUUAUUGGAAACGAUUUGAUAGCCACGAUUCUUCAUGAUAUUUUCUCUCUUUUUAUCCCAAUUUACCCACUGAUAGGUUGUUUGACAUUCUUUAUAAAGAUGUCUUGGAAAGUGUCACAUAGUGAUGAGAACGGGUAUACAAAGCUGGGCCGGCUCCUGGUGUCCGUUAUAGCGCCGUACAUGCAGUGCGUGGUCUUACUAUUGAUCCUACGUUAUCUCGAGAUAAAGAAUGGUGGGAAGUCCAUAAGAAAAGACCCAAUUUUCAGAAACAAAGCUAAAAAAAAGAAGUUGUGGAAAUUUGCUGAAGUUCCUGACAAUGAAGACGAGGAUAUUCGAGCGGAGAGAGCCAGAGUUGGGGAAUACAUGACGGCGGGCUGUGGAGAGAAACCAGUGAUCCUGGUCAGCGGUGUACAUAAAGAAUAUGAGGAAUCGAGAAAGACCAUCCUAGGGAAGACAAUGAGGAAGUUGGUGGCAAAUAACAUAUCUUUUUGUGUAAAGAAAGGAGAGAUAUUGGGGUUAGUGGGACCUAAUGGAUGUGGAAAAAGCAAUCUACUUAACAUGCUGGUAGGACAGACUGAGCCGAAUGCUGGGCAGAUACUAAUUGGGGAUCCAGCUGCAGAACAAGGGUCCAGGCCAGCGAGGUUCAUAGGAUACUCCCCACAAAUGACUCAUCUCUGGCCUGAGAUAAAGCUGAAAGAACACCUCGAGACUUACGGAGCCAUCAAGGGCAUGAGCACAAAUAUCCUGAGUGACGUCAUAAAGAGAAUAAUCGACGCUCUGGAUCUGAAUGAACAUGCCCAGAAACCAGUGAAGAAGCUCUCUGCAGGAGCCCAGAGGAAGCUAUGUUUCGCGCUGAGCAUGCUGGGUAAUCCAGACGUUGUGCUGCUGGAUGAACCGUCCAAUGGAAUGGAUUGGAAAGCCAAGCAGCGCAUGUGGAGAAUGAUCCGUGCUACGUUUAAAGGCAAGGAGCAGGCCGCUAUCCUAACCACCCAUUACAUGGAGGAAGCAGAGGCCGUCUGUGACCGCGUGGCCAUCAUGGUGGCCGGGCAGCUCAGAUACAUUGGUUCAGUUCAGCACCUAAAGAGCAAGUUUGGGCGCCAUUUUUCCUUGGACAUGAAGCUUGACGCAGACAUUGGCAUUCAAAAAGAAGAACUUGUUCACAAAGAGAUUCUCAAGAUCUUCCCGAACACAAGUCGUCAGGAGAGCUUCUCCUCAAUUUUGUCAUAUAAAGUUCCCAAAGAAGACAUCCAGUCCCUCUCUCAGUCAUUCUCCAGAUUGGAGCAAGUAAAACAAACAUUUAAUGUUGAAGAGUACAGCUUCUCUCAGUCAUCACUCGAACAGGUAUUCAUUGAACUGGCCAAGGAGCAGGAAGAAGAAGACAACGUGGCUACCAUGAACAGCACCCUGUGUUGGGAACGGAGACAGGAGGACAGAGUUGUCUUCUAAGCAUCUAAUUGAAUCCUACAAACCAACAAUCAUGGUGGAAUGUCUGAGGAACUUUGCACAAAAGGCACUGGUGACCCUCUUGGCAGAGAAGGACUUAAUGGCAUUUGUGUCACAGCAAAGGGUUAAACGUCCAUUCUCUCUUCCAGGAGAAUGUAUGUUUAUUAAUAAUUGUAACGCUUUAUGUACAAACCGCAGUCUCACAGGCUGGUUUUAUCCUAUUAAAACACAUGAUGCAAACCAAACUCUGAGGGUACCAGGUGAUUUGGGAGCCUCAGAGGAAGCAAGCGAUAUCUUGUGUGUCACACAUUGCAAAGUGACCACAAAGUCUUAAUCCUAGAACAAUUUAAGAAAUAUCCCCAGAAAUGCGAAGGCGGUGAUCUUCUUUGAGCUAAUAAUAACUAAAUGCCUCUAUAGAGGAGCCGGGACAUAAAGGUUUACGGCAGUCUUUUAAAAUGGCUCCAGUAGGUUAAACUCUACUGACAGAUACCAAGUUCUAGCCUAUAUUGCUGCUCUAUAACAAUAGAUAAUAUAUACAGAAUAAUAUAUUCAAAGACAUGGUUGAAGGGAAUAUGAUGAAUACUGCUAUAUAUUUUUUUUAUUAUUAUUUGAUCUUGAAAACUGUUUUCCUUUGAGACUUGACGAGUUAUUUGAAGUCUGUUGUGGUUUUUAAAACAGAGCUAUAAAUGUAAAUUAUCCACUUGUC